CGAAUGUUAUUAUGUGCUCAGUCACCAUCCUCCAGGAGACGCUUCCGGGAAAAGGAAGUAACAUAGCUAUGGCAACGCCGAGCGGCUGACUGGCUAUUCGGCUAAACUCCAUCGGAUUCUUGCCCCUCUCAUUGUCAGUAAUGGAUUUUCUGCAUAGAAACGCGCAUUCUGCAGCCGAUUCCAUUGUAGUCGUCGUCUCCCCAGCUGUAUAUCGGAAUGAAUCAGCCGCUCAUUGAAUGUCGUUCUGCCAGCGGGGAGGAGGAGGGUCGAAAGUGCGAAAUGCACCUCGUUGUUAGCUUCGUCUGUCGCUGUGUUAUCGCGCUGAGCGAGCGAGACGGCCACAAGAGUUAAGCGCGCGAGUUAGUCAAAAGUGGAUCGGGCCGUGCUUUUGGUUGGCGGAGCGGCUCCUCUGCAUCGAGGGACAUGGACAAAAUCAGAUUGCGCCUCCUGGCAUGGCGCACAAAGGAAAGGGCCAAUGGUGUGACCAUGAGUCUGCGAAGCAGGGGCGUUGGUUCCGGAGACCUGUGGCUGCAGUGGUUCUCGUGCUGCGUCACCCAGCACCAGAGGCCACCGCCAAGAAGGCGAAUCGACCGAUCAAUGAUUGGCAACCCGACAAACUUUCAGCACACUGGCCACAUCGGCUCUGGUGACAUUUCAAGAGACACCGGCAGGCUCAAUGCUCUUCAGAGUCAAAUGCAGAGCAAGGGUGGCUACGAAAUGGCCGUCAAGUUGAACUCAUUUCAGGCAUGCUAGCAGCAGCGAAUAAGACUUGAAAACUGAGAGAUGAAGCAACGCCAUACAAUUUUUUACCCUCAGAUGUGAUCUGAAAGGACACAGUCAGUGUUGUUGUUAUCAAUAUUGUUGGAUUGAGUGUGAUUUCCUGGCUGAGAAAUGUAUCAAUCAUUGUGCAUUUAAACGCGAAUAGUUCUUUGUGUAAUUAGUUGUGCGUCCUGUGUAUGACUUUGCAGAAAAUGUGGACGAAUCAUAAUGAAAUAAGUUAGUGUAUUAAUGUUACUAAAAUCUCCCAUAACAUAGAUAAUAGAUUAACGAGUUAGCUACAAAAAUUAAUUGUUUAAUUUAUUUAAACGCCAAUUUUAAGAAAAAAUGUGGUGUCCAAUAAACAUUGACGAAAAUGUAAUUUGAAACCGAGAAA